CAAAUGCUCUCCAGUCUUCUCCUGUUCUGCUUCAUAGCUCUCAGCUACUAGUUAAACCAAGGCACUGGUCGAACUCUGCAACAGAGAGGACGUUUAGGCAUGAUCGUGUCUAUAUCCCUGGUGGUGGCAGCAGACCCUCAACAGGAGCACCAGCCAGAUCAAUCAGUAUCCCUCGCAUGGAAUCCUGGAAGCUUCCAUUUGAACGGCAUCACACAUGCAGAGCAUUGUAGCACGAUGAACAAUAAGGUCUCUAUUCCUUCCCCUUUAUGGCGCCCAGCCAGCCCUCUAUCUUUGCAGUGCUCCAUAAUUCAUUUUACUGUAUUGGGAACCGGAAAUGUGGUAACACUUUUAUUGUCUCAGCAACCUAGCCCUAGAAGAGAGUGAGCCCCGCCUCCUUUCCUUCUCUUCCUUUCUCUGCGGAGGUGGUUCUUUGAUGACGUUGUUCCUACUCGGCCAAUAAGAAAGGACCACGGCUCCUAGGAGCUUUCGCUCUCUUGGCGGUACCUUUAGAGGUUGGCUUGUGUUUCGAGUCCGGAAGAGUUUAAGGAGUGGACCGCGCCGGGCAGAUAAAAUUGGUCCGCGAUUGAUUCCGAAACUCGGUGGAGCGACGGUGGCAGAAGCGACGCAGGGCGGGGGCAGCCUUCUCGUCUUUUCAGCCCCGCCUUCGCUUGCCCAGGGACGGUCUCGGAGGGAGCGGCUUGCUGCUUCACGAAGCCGAGAGAGCGAACCAGGAGUCGGAACAGCGACGGUGUUGUCUUCCCGUCCUUCCCUUUCUCUAUGCUAGGAGUGAGAGAAGGUCGCUGGCUGGGACAGGUUGAGCCCUAACGAAGUAGGAGAGGGCUCCGAACUGGCAGCCUUCCCACACCGCCCCUCGCUUGGUGAUCUGUUUUGGGUAGAGCUGGAAGCCUCCGUGGAUCUCUCCUGGGCUUUUGAGGACGAUUCCAGCGGGGGAAGCGGAUCCCCUUUUCCUUUCCCGGGACGACGGCUUUGGAUUACGUGUGCGACAUGUCCCCCACGAUUUCCUGCAAGGAGAGUAGUCGGCAGCGCCGGCCUGGUAGCUACCAGCACUCCCUGGAUGUGAUGAAGAGUGACCCUCCGCUCUUGGACUUGUAUGAAGAUGGCCACGCUGAGGCAGUGGGAGGGGAUGACAGGCAGGCGCUGCUCGAAGAAUCUGCGGUUAGACCAGUUAGUUCCCCCACCAGCUAUCGAGCAGAACUGGGCAAUAUCUUGCUACUUCUCUUUCUUUAUGUGCUGCAGGGUAUUCCUCUAGGGCUUGCCGGCAGCAUCCCCCUCAUCUUGCAAAGCAAGAAUGUUAGUUACAAGGACCAGGCUUUCUUUAGCUUUGUCUUCUGGCCUUUCAGCUUGAAGCUCCUUUGGGCCCCCUUGGUGGAUGCUGUGUACUUCAAAAGCUUUGGUCGGCGCAAGUCUUGGCUUGUACCCACUCAGUACACCUUAGGACUUUUUAUGAUGUACCUGUCUAUGCAGGUGGACUCGUUGCUAGGGGAAGCAGAUGGCAAAAGCCCGGAUGUGGUAGCCCUUACUGUGACCUUCUUCUUGUUCGAGUUUCUAGCAGCCACUCAGGAUAUAGCAGUAGAUGGCUGGGCAUUGACUAUGUUAUCUCGGGAGAAUGUGGGCUAUGCCUCCACGUGCAACUCUGUGGGUCAGACAGCUGGCUACUUCCUUGGCAAUGUAUUAUUCUUGGCUCUUGAAUCAGCUUCUUUCUGCAACAAGUAUUUGCGGUUUCAACCUCAGCCCAAAGGAAUUGUUACGCUUUCAGAUUUCCUGUUUUUCUGGGGUGCUGUUUUCUUAAUAACUACAACCUUGAUUGCUCUCUUGAAAAAAGAAAAUAAGAAAAUAACACCACCGAAAGAAGAAACAAAAGGCAUCACAGACACGUACAAGCUCCUUUUCUCAAUAGUCAAAAUGCCAGCAGUCCUUACAUUCUGUGCUCUGAUUUUAACAGCAAAAAUUGGAUUCUCAGCAGCAGAUGCAGUAACAGGACUCAAACUGGUAGAAGAAGGAGUACCUAAAGAGCACUUAGCUCUACUUGCUGUUCCAAUGGUUCCGCUGCAGAUCAUACUGCCUCUGAUUAUCAGCAAAUACACUGCAGGUCCAAAGCCUCUGAAUACAUUUUACAAAGCUAUGCCAUUUAGGUUACUGUUUGGAUUGGAAUUUGCUUUCUUGGUUUGGUGGACUCCCCAAGUAAAAUACGAAGGAGGGUUUCCUAUCUAUUUCUAUAUCAUAUUGUUGCUGAGUUACGCCUUGCAUCAGGUUACACUGUACAGCAUGUAUGUUGCUGUAAUGGCUUUCAAUGCCAAAGUUAGUGACCCACUCAUUGGAGGAACAUAUAUGACUCUACUUAACACGGUGUCAAAUCUGGGGGGAAACUGGCCUGCCACAGUAGCUCUUUGGCUUGUGGAUCCACUUACAGUGAAGAAGUGCAUUGGAGUUCAAGGGCACAGCUGUGGGUCUGCAGUUGCUACAGAGCUUUGUACAAAGGGAGGUGGAUCUUGUGUCAUCACUCUGGAUGGUUAUUAUGUGGAGUCUGUAAUAUGUGUCGCUUUAGGAUUUGCUUGGUGGUUGUUUCUUGGACCCAGAUUCAAAAAGCUGCAGGAUGAAAGACCAUCUUCAUGGAAAUGUAGACGAGCUAGUUAAUGGCAACAAAAUUUGUGAAAAGACUUGUGAAAAUAUUAUGGCUUUGUUCCAUAAAAAGUAUACAGAGAAUGAAAUAUCCAUAUUGCAAAAUGGUCAUUUUCUAUGCCAAAUGUCAUUACAGAAAGGUAAAGACAGGAAAUAAUGUGUAGAGCAAUGAUAAUUUGCUCUAUUCAAAAUUUCCCUUAGGAUUUUUUUUAAAAAAUCAGAAGUCACAAUAGAAGCAUCACUUAUAAACUCCAUAGCUGUAAAUAAUUUACUGUAAACAUCAAAUGGAUGCACAGAAUCAUAUUCGUGAUUUAUGCUUGUGUAAGGGGAGUCAUAUAAGUUGCAGCUGAAAUUGUUGCACAGUAAUAAGGUGCUGGUGGCAUUCUUGAAUACACCCAAUCAUACUAUGGAGCACAUGCUCAAGAAUAUAACCAGAUCUCAUUAGUGAACAAGAAUUUUCCAUCAAUUCUGGCCUUUAUCGUAAAAAGCUGUAGAGAAUAAAACUUUUUUUUGUUAAUUCUUUUAUAUUUCUGGCCCCAGGUACAAUUACAGGAAGAAAACAAUCUAUUAUAUUUUUUCCUGACUCUUAAAAGCUUUAAUGGUUUCAAAGAGAAAUAUUUUUAUAAUAGUAAAGCUUUAGGUUUUUUUUUAAUGUGCACAUUUAUUUCAAAGCACUUUGAUUUACAAUUUAGUGGAUUUCUAAAUUACUAUGUGGUUCACUGGACAUUCAGCAAUAGUUACAAGUUGUAAAAAGGCUGGAAGGCAUAAUUAAAGUACUGAAGAAAGGAUUUUCAAAAGAUUAAGAGUAGGUACCAGGUCAGUACAUUCGGUUUGCAUGUAAAAAGUCAUAUAUAGUUUCCAAGAACUGGAAAUGUGUUGUUUGUAUGUGAACCAGACAAGGAUAAAGCAAAAAAGAUUUAGUGCCUUUUGGGGAAAAAGUCCUGCAAGGUGAUAAUAAAAAAUAUAUGCUGUCACAUUUUAGAACAUGUGAAACAUUCUCAUAUAUACAUUAUUUAACUGUAACAGCUGAUGCCAGGAAUCUUCUUUAGUUAGUAUAUAGUGAAUACUGCAAAUAUUGUUAUUGUCAACAAAUCUUCUCUUUAGUGCCUUAAUGAUAUACAGUACUGUAUAAGGUAUAUCAAGUGAUAAGAGGCACUAUAUAGUAUGUUGGAUGUAUUGUACAUCUUUCGUAAUAUAAUACCUUCAAAAGGUAAGACAAGCUAGUGUCAUGCUUCCAAUGCUGGUAUGCAGUGCUGUAAUAUUAGUAUCAAAGGUAUUUUCUGUCUCUGUUCUGUUCGUUAUUUCAAGAAGUCACUUCUUUCUGAAAUGAAUAUUCUUGAUUCCAGGUGAAUCUAUACGAUUUACUUUGUAAAGUUUUUCAGCUAAAGCUCUUUUCAGAGUAUAAUUAAGCUUUAUGUCUCAUAGAAAAGGAAGCAAAUUCACAUGUUAAGCACACUUCUAAGUUCCAUGGAAGAGAAUAGGACUUUUUUCCAAGAAAAUGACAAUGGGAUCACAGUAUCAGAUGUUUUAAUACUGAGAUAGAGAGAGAACACUAUUCAUCCCAGCAUGUAGAAUAAAGUGGUUCACGGUUAAGCAGUGUGUAACUUAAGUCAUCAACAACUUAAACACUAGUACUGGGAUUUACAUAGAAUACUAUUGUAUUUAAGACUAGAAUAUCUUUUGAAGAUAUACCACUGAGAGAUUAAUGGAACUAUCUUUCAUCUACAGGAUGUUGAUUUAUGGAUUUGAAAGUAUAGUUGGAGUAGUGUGUUUAAAAUAAGGGCUGCUCCAUAUAGAGUUCUCUUCAUUUGGCUCAAUCACAGAUUUUUUCCUAUUACCUUAAAAGCUGGUCCAGAUAAUAAGCUUCAGGUUUGCAGCCUAUCACUGAAAUCCAUAAACCAAAUAAAUAGAAAUAUUUUUAUGGAAUCCAUGGACCUAAAACUGUAUUAAAUCCAAGUAAUGAUUUUUAAUUUGCUAGUGGCUGAAUGCAACCACUUGUUUUGUUCUGCUCUGCAGGCAGUUAAGUUGUAAGAUUACAGGAAGACUGAGGCCAGGAUGCACACACCCCCCCCGCCCUUCCAUUUGUAGAGACUGAGACUCAGCAUGUUGUUCUAACAUAGUGAAAUGUAUAUCAUCCAAAACUUUUUACUUGGAUUAAAAGUCCAUAGUGCUUUUAUUAAAUAU